GCGCCGCUAUAAUAUCUGACAUAUAAACCGCGUGGAUAGUUUUAUGUGUUUGCUUAAUAAUAGUUUAGGUGAUCAUUUACAUAUAAAAAUCGCGUAACCUACACAUCGACUCCAGAAAGGGGAAUUCAGCGCGCGCUAAAUAAACCAUCGUAUACGCCUGCGGUACAAAGCCAACACAAACAAGAAUGGCGAAGGGAAUGUACUUAGAACAUUAUUUAGACAGUAUCGAGGGACUUCCAUGCGAGUUGCAGAGAAACUUCUCAUUAAUGGAGGAUUUAGAUAAUAGAACUGAAGAGAAAAAAUCAGAGAUAAGCGAACUAGCUUCUGAGUAUAUUGCAAAAGUUAGAAAUCUGGCGUCUGAGGAGCGUGUACAGCAUUUAAAGAAGAUUGAAAAUGCCUAUAACAAAUGCAAAGAGUACAGCGAUGACAAAGUUCAGCUCGCAAUGCAGAUAUAUGAAAUGGUGGAUAAACACAUUCGGAGAUUGGAUGCUGAUCUUGCACGCUUUGAGAAUGACCUGCAGGAGAAACUGGACUCGGGCAGUCUGGAUAGCUCAGAUGAAAAGCAAUCUCGAAAUAAGAAUAUAAAAGACAAGAGGGCCUCCCAUGGAAGAGACAAGAAAGGAUCAGAUCAAGACUCACCCAAGCAGAAAAAAAUUAAAAAUGGUGCAAACAUAAGUGAAUCUCUGCUUGCCAUGCACCCAUCAGAUGUCCUGGAUAUGCCAGUGGACCCUAAUGAACCCACAUACUGUUUGUGUAGUCAAGUAUCAUAUGGAGAAAUGAUUGGAUGUGACAAUUCUGAUUGUCCAAUAGAGUGGUUUCACUUUGCUUGUGUUGGCCUAACGACCAAACCAAAAGGAAAAUGGUACUGCCCACGAUGCACCCAAGAGACAAGAAAAAAAUAGUCUACUUUUACAAUGCUUCCUAUAUCAAAUGUUCAGUUAUUAUAGCCUAUUCGGUUGAAAUCAAGUAAUUUUUGCUUUUGCUAUUUAGACGACCAUGAAUGUAACAACGGGGAAGAAUAUUAAAUUUAUUUUCCAGUUGGUGCCA